AUGAAAGUUGUAGGAAUUCUCUAUUUAUUGAUAGCGAUAUUAGUCCUAGUAUACGCUUAUAUACCCGCAAACGCUGUAGAUCACGACUACAGCUCAGAUACUGACAAGUCUUCCCAUCUCCAACUCUAUGGCGACGUCAGAUCGUUCAACGACGAUUCGAUAAGUUUGCAAAUGUCAGGCGAGGACACAAACGGUACUACAUCAGGCUUUAUCGUACAUUUCUCUGAGCAAAAUGCUACUACACAAUCUUAUACACAAUCUCCCUGGUUGGCCUUUAUCAGUUGUGAUAGUAACUCAACCGAUUCAACGGACGACUACGAUAUUUUCUCAUUUGCUGCAGAUCGUGGCGCGAGAGCUGUACUUCUUUACACUACGACGAAAGAGCGCUGCGAGAUAAACCCUGUUUUCUUACAAACUUAUAACCGCGUUAUCGACGUAUUCGCAACUAGCAGCAGGGAUUCCGCCCGGUUAAUCGACAAUCAGUUUGACGUCAAUAGCACAUACUACUGGUAUAAUUCCCAAAUUAUAAACGAUACAGCAAAAGCUAUAGAGGAUAAUCCAUCAAUGCGGGUUCCGUACUUGCUUGCUACGCUAUCGGCAUAUAACGCCACACAGCCACCCAGCCAGCCGGGACCAGUCGACGAAGGGUCUCAAGACAAUCAAGACCAACCGAGCAAUACAAGCCUAGCGAUGAUAGUCCUAUAUGUUAUUAUCGCAGUUGUUACGAUUCUCUUCAUGAUUGUUAUUCUCUCCGGUGCAUUUAGAGCUGCACGCAACCCCCAACGGUAUGGUGAGAGACCAGCCCGAAGGGAAGUCCUCGAUACACUUUCCGGCCAGACUGUCAUCGUAGAAGAUAGAGGUCAAACGCGAGCCGGUGGAAUUGCCAGAGCGAUCUUAGAAACCUUUCCCCUCGUCAAUUUCAACAAUGAACUUCGAACAAGUAAUAAAGCAGACAACAGUGAUGAGGCUAGGGACAUUGAAAUGGGAGAAUCACACCAUGGUGAUGAUAGUGGUUCAGCACACCAGUCACCUAAAGAACCAAUUAAAGAGGUAGACGGCGAAGGUCCCCGUAGUUGUUCCAUCUGUUACGAAGAUUUCGAACAAGGCGAACAACUUCGCAUUUUGCCAUGUAAUGCAAAACACUGCUUCCAUGCUAAGUGUGUUGAUCCUUGGUUGCUUGAUGUACAAGGCGCAUGUCCUUUAUGUCGACAAGAUUUCCGGGCUCAGACUGUACAAUCUUGUUCAAAUAGACCAACUACAGCCGAGACUAGCACGAGUAAUGAUAGCUCUAAUGCCAACAUUACAGAUCCACGCGAUUUCCCACCUCUGACUACAGGUCACCUCGCCAAUAGACGUCAAGCAUCAUUGCUGUCACUCAGGACCAUGAUAAGAUCUCCAUUCCGGCGUCAACGUCAAGACGCAGAGGCUAACACUCAGGAGCAUCUAGAGGUGCAGCCUGAAGAGAACCUCAAUGAUAGCAGUCAAAACGCUGCCGUAGAAAGUCAGAACGUAGACGCGAGCGUAACAGCACGCACGAAUGAGAACACGAACGAAAACAACACAAAUGACAUAUCUCAGGAUGAUAGUAACGAAAACAGUAGAAGUCACAGUAGGAACUUCUUCUCAAACCUACUCAAACGCAACAAGAACAGAAACGAUCAUUCGGAUAGUGUCUGAUGAUCUCGUUUCUCUCCAUAUCUUACCCAGUCCUUCUAACGCCCAACUUACGUUUCCAUUUUAUGCAAGUAAACGUUUACUUCAACUGUACAUCUAGCAAAUUUACCUCAAGAUUUUUACAUAGCAUACGCAAUUAUCUU